GUGUCGAUGACCUGCUGUCAACGCCCAACAAUAGUGGCCCGUCUCAAGGGCUGCCUUCGCAGGUGGAUGCCUUUGACUGGCUUGAUGCCAAGAUGGAGGCAGUACGCAAAGCUCAGGUCUCCCCGAAGCACGUGUCGUUGUACAGCAGAUUGCCACCGAGCUCCAUGGGAACGACCAAAAGUGCCACAGUGUGUGGCGUGCCCCUGUUGCGACCUCCACCAUCGCGCGACAAGCGCCUGUUCCCCAGUGAUGUGCAGGUGACGGGCGUGGACUUACUGCAGCAGCUUCCGCCGCCUCCGACGCUUCCAGCACCACUUGCCCAGGUGAGGCCUUUCCUGGUGAGUCCCUCGGUGGCGCCCUCACAGUCCACCGGGUCAAGCCGUCGUGUGGACAAGCAGGAGACCAUACUGGAGCCCGUGCUGCUCCCUUCCGUCCGGGACAGCCAAGGCCCGGCCAGUGGCUCGUCUCCUGUGGCCCUUCUGCGCACACUGCUUCCAGGUAUCUCGGAGUCCGAGUGUCGGCGGGCGCUAGCACUGGCCCGGGGCAACCCGCAUGUGGCACUUCAGCAGAUGCAGCUGGCGAGGCUUCAGUCUCUGGGCAUCGCGGGCAGGGGCGAGUGCGAGGCAGCCCUGCGCGCGUUUAACUGGGACGCCGACCAGGCAGCCUCGCACCUCCUCGACACCAGGGACAGAAACGCGUGAACAAUUGUACGUGGUCUGCCGAAUCUUCUGCGUUCGGUACGAAAGAUCGAACGGCAACAACGGCUUAUGAUAUAAAUGUCGCCGUAGCGCUGAACGAAAGAAGGCCAACUUUAAGGGCUCCUUUUUCUUUGGUAUAUUGAUAAGAACUAACAGAUAAUAAUGGCAAGGAAAAUAUGGGGGAUGAUAUUUGUAGUAAUUAUGACAUAAAUGUAAACAAAGUCAAGUGGACGAAAAGAGGCCGCCGGCAGGGGCCGAACCUACAAAAUUCGAUUAACACGUCCGAUGCUCUACGAAUUGAGCUACGGCAGCGGUCAUCCCCCCGUCCACCUCAUUGGGUGCAUGUAAAGCUGGGAGUGUUAGCGCGGAUCGUAGCCAUAGCGGCCAGUGUGGAACUCUUUUAUUGCGAUAGCAAAUAUAUGGACAGUCUCGGCUGGUUUUUGCCGCCACCGUCAUGCACCGUAUAUUUAUAAGUAUCUAUAUAUAUAAAUGUCCCAAAGCAAAAUAAUUCACUAAAAUGCUUCCGAAGCGCGGAAUCGAACCAGCGACCCCUAUCCGCGCAGCGCGUGGCGCUAACCACUACGCCACAAAGCGCAGAUCCUUCAGGUAGCUAACGGCGAGCGUUAUAUACACACCCUUCACCGCUGGCAGGACUCAGAGACGGCAGGCGCUUAUAAGCGUUUCUUCAUUACCAGCUAGAUGGCGCCAGGAGCAACGGGCACAUUUAAAAGUUGUCGGCCAGCUCGCUCGUUUCUUCUACUAUUUGCGCAGGGAGAACCUUGCCCUUCCGCUGUCUGCUCGCGCGGUAGUUGCUGACGGGGGGUAGAUGUUUUUGCAGCGUAGCAGCGCGUUCAUCACGGGCCGCUUUUCUUGCCGCUUUCUGCACAUCGCGUUGGGGGAACGGGGGCACCCGUUGGAAAUCGUUCGUCGCAAUGUUUGUCGUCGUAAAGCUGCUUCUCGAUCCUUGGGAAACUGUUAAUCGUUGCAAGCUGACGGGCGUGGUCAGCGCGGGCAAUAGCGUCACGUGCUUGUUCCAUGGUUGAUUCUGCAGCUGUCGGAAGGAAGGUAUCCAAUGAGGAUCUGGGGAAUGGGGUGUCCAAAGAAAAGGUGAAGCGGUGGGUAUCCAGCAGUGUCGUGCCGGGAGGAGUUGUACGCGAACGUCACGUAUGACAGUGCAAGGUCCCAGUCACGACUGUCGGCCGUCAUAUUUCAAAAGCAUGUCCGUCAAGGUCUGGUUUAAGCGCUCUGUAAGCCCGUUUGGGGGUAUUACGAAGUGGUGAGCUUAUGCUGGGUCAAGCAGGAACGCAGGAUAUUGUCAAUCACUUGAGAAAGGAAGGAAGGCCUCGGUCUGUCAGCAAUUGCUGUGGGGUACUGUGCACUAAAAUAUUAUCCCGAAGUAAAAAAUAAUCGACGUCUAUAGCGCAGCUGGUUGGCAGGACUCGUGUGAUUGCGUAGCGGGUCGCGUAAUCGGUAGCAACGGCAACCCACUUGUUUCCUGAAGCGGAUGUUGGAAAGGAACCGAGAAGGUCGAAACAGACUCGAAAGAAGGGCUGCGAUGGGAUGUCAAUAGGCUGAUGAUACCCGGCAGGAAGUUCUGGCGGCUUCUUGCGGCGCUGACAACUUCGCAGGCGUUGACAUAACGCCGCACAGAGCGUGCAAGGCCAGUCCAGUAGAAGCGGCAGCGCACACGGUCAUAUGUGCGAGAAAUGCCAAGGUGACCAGCGGUUGAGGCGUCAUGAAGCUCGCGGAGGGCUGUGGAGCGCAGAUGCUUUGGUACGACCACCAGUAGAUCGGGACCGGCGUGUGACGAAUUACGCUGAUAUAAGGUGUUAUCUUUCAAGGCAAACAUGCGUGUGGGGAGGAUUUCAUCCGUUGUAUUAUUCGACUUUUAUGCGGAUCCCGACGCUGCUCGCCGUCGUGGCGAAACAAGUGGGAGAGGAAAAAUAUGCAAUCGAUGGAUUCAGUGCUCGUAGAGUCCCAGUCGGCCACAGGGUAGCGUGAUAGCAAUCAACAUCUUUGUAUAGUCUACCAGUACUGUACACUACCGUGUAGGUAUACUCUUGCAAGCGGAGUGCCCAGAAAGCGAGACGACCUGUGGGAUCUUUCAAAGAGGCGAGCAAACAAAGGGCAUUGUGGUCGGUGAUUACUGUAAACGGUCAUAUGGUAGAAUUACCGCAAAUACCACGUCGAGUCCGUCUCCGACCAUGUCCGCCUCCCGUCUUCUCUCGUCGUGGUAUUUGCGCUAAUUCUUCCAUAAGAAUGAACGAACUCGCCCAACAAGUCACUCUACUGUAAACGGUCAGCCGUAUAAAAGCGAAAUUUCGCAACUGCCCACACCAGAGCGAGGCGUUCGCGCUCCGUGAUUGAAUAAUUCGCUCCGAGGUGGACAGCAGCCUGCUGGCAUAGGCUAUUACGCCAUUACGUCCACGUUGUCGCUGGCCCUACACAGCGCCUAUUCCGUAACCACUGGCGUCAGUGCAGACUUCGGUUGGCGCUGAAGGGUGGGCCAGAACAAGGGAAGAUGUGAGCAGUGCGACGAGCUUGGAGAAAGCUCUUGCUUGCGAGGGACCCUAGUUAAAGGUCACGUCUUGUUUUAGAAGGUAAGUGAGAGGUUUAGCAAUUUCGGCAAAGUCUUUGACAAACCGGCGGAAGUGCCCCACAAAGCUGCGAACAUCUUUGGCGGUUGUCGGCACAGGGAAGUCCUUCACGGCUGAAAUUUUUUCCGGACCAGGCUGUACGCCGGAAGCAUGCCCAAAAAUCGUAAUGCGGCGGCGGCCGAACUGGCACUUGGACAAAUUCAGCAGAAGUGCGGCGAGACGGAACACUUCAAGAAUGGCUGAGUCUCUCCAGGUGAGUUUCAAACCUGGGCGAACGCACAAUUACGUCGUCUAAAUAACAUAGACACGUAGACCACUUGAAUCCGUGAAGCAGGGAGUCCAUCGUUCGUUCGAAUGUGGCUGGGCCAUUACUUAUGCCGAAGGGCAUGACCUUGAGCUGGUAGAGGCCAUCAGGUGUUACAGCGGCCGUCUUCUAUCGGUCCACGGGGUCCACAGCGGUCUGCCAAUAUCCGUAACGAAGGUCAAUGGAAGAGAAGUAUGCGGCACAUGCAGACAAUCAAUGGCGUCACCGAUUCGCGGUAGUCUUUCCUUGGGCUGUUGUUGAGGUGGUGAUAGUCCACACAAAAUCGCCGUGAUCCGUCCUUCUUUUUAACUAAGACUACCGAAGACGCCCAGGGACUGGAGGACGGCUCUAUAAUGUCAUUCGCUAGCAUCUUGUUUACUUCCUGUCGGAUGACGCUCCGUUCAGACGCAGACGCUCUCUAGGAGUGGCGGUGAACAGGCUUGGCAUCAUGUAGGCGCCUUUAGGUACGCCGGCAGAAUUCUCUGUUUUAUAUUAAAGAGCCUUCUCUCUCUCUCUCUCACCUGUGUGUAUGCGAUGCUGGACAACGGACGCCUGCCCUAAAGGUCGGUCACCGAAACCAAAAACGUCCUGGCAGGACCCGAGAAAGCGCUGGAGGGCUUCAACGUGUUCAGGCGGAAGGUGAGAGGCGAUCAUGUUUAAAAUUUGACGGAUGCCACAAUUUGUUAUCGGUGGUGGGUGCUGCGUAGGAACGGCAUCGAGGGGGAAAGCUUCGGCCUGUGAAUCUAGCGGCGAACGAAGGUGGGCUACGGAAAUACCUUACGAGCACUUGAUUUGUGAAACCGAAAUUUAAAACUGGUAGCCAGGUUCUAUUACCCGCGAUACUGAAAACCGUAUAGGGAACAGCAACACAUUGCGUGAGCAGCAAGUCGGUAAGAGGCGCAGCGUAGUAGUCGCCGUCUGGCACAGCUGAUGAGCAUAACAUAGCGACUACGUCACAGUUUUCGGGGUAGAUGAAUUAAGUCGCUUCAGUGUAAUCGGCACGAAGGUUAGUACAGGGGGUCACCGAAUUAUGGCAGUUCAUGACGGAGCACACCGACGGAGCAAUCAACAAGCGCAGUAUUGGCAGCCAGAAAAUCCAGUACAAGUAUGACGCCGUGGGGGCAUAUGGCAAGAAUAGUAAAAAUUCGAGGAGGGACGAAGCAUGUAGGAAAGGGUGUUUCAGCUCCGCUAACGUGAAACCUGUAGAGGGGCGAAGCAUACAGUGUGCGCCGGUGUUUCUCACAAGAAAAUCACUCCUAAUGGGCAAUCAGAGAAAGAAAAGAGCUUAGACAAAGAGACCCGCAGUCCGCUUUUAGUUAACGUGCACGCUGCGAAUCUUUAUUGUUCAACUACGCACAAGAGAAACCUCCCACCGGCACUACAUUGCAGGUCAAGAUCCAGUGCCUAUACAUAUGCGGUGGCCGGUGAACGGUUGUGCACCGCGAGCAGUUGGUUUUUUCAAUCAAGAAACUCGCUAGCAGACGCUGGCUGCGUCGGCGUUGUCUCUCGCGGGCGUGGACGCGUUAUCGUUCCUUGCGAGCUGGUAGCAGAGUUCAUCGCAGAAAAUGCGUUUGCGAAGUAAACGCGCGCCGUUCUCUCUCUUUUGCCACACGGUGAGCGCUGAGGCGGUGGCGCCCUCUCUUGCGCUCCUGCAUAUAGACGUCCCGACAGCAGACGAUGCACGCCGACACGUCGAGGCCUUAAGUUGUUUCGCCCCUAAAAGGACGACCACCUGAUGACUGGCAACGGUAAGUGGAGCUGUACACAUUCCU